AUGCCUAUUACCUUCUCAGACCCCAGUGGCCCUGUCCCUGUUCCUCGCCAGAAUGAAGCGAUGAAAGUGCUGAAGAAGGCUGUCAGCAGCAAAGAUCUCGCGAAGUACCCUUACUGCCAUAUUACCUUUGGUAAGGGCGGUUCAUUUCACUACCGCUGUUUCUCAGGCCGAGAGAAGAAGAUCGGCCAGCAAGGUCCUGCAGGCGCGGGUAAAAUCUAA